AUGUCCCACUGCUGUGCAAUGCUCACCUGGGCCCUCUUCAGCCUCUUCACACUGGCGGCAGCGCAGAAUACCAAGGCCUGCUGUGGUACCAUCGUGCCCCGGAGCGAGUGGAAGGCCACGGCAUCCCAGUGUAAGCAAAAGCUGAAACUGCCCGUGCGCUAUGUGGUCGUGUCGCACACAGCGGGCAGUACCUGCGACAGCCCUGCCUUGUGCCAGCAGCAAGCUCGGAACGUGCAGCAUUACCAGAUGCAGAAUGAGUGGUGUGAUGUGGGCUACAACUUCCUGAUUGGAGAAGAUGGGCUGGUGUAUGAGGGCCGGGGCUGGAAGGUCAAGGGCGAUCACACAGGGGUCACCUGGAACCCCAUGUCCAUUGGCAUCACCUUCAUGGGCAACUACAUGGAGCGGGUGCCCCCGCCCAGGGCCCUCCGGGCAGCCCAGAACCUGCUGGCCUGUGGAGUGGCAGUGGGCGCCCUGAGCCCCCACUACGAGGUCAAAGGACACCGGGAUGUGCAGCAGACGCUCUCACCAGGUGACCAGCUCUACUCCAUCAUCCAGACGUGGCCACACUAUCGGGAGUGA